GUCGGGUGGGGAAGCCGGGGAGUAGGGCUGGACUGUUACCACUGCCCUGGAGAGAAGACAGAAACAGGACAGAGGAUCCCGGCUGCAGCCGGCGUGAGGAAGGCUCCUCCGCUCCCUGCCAGGCUGGCCAGCUGUGGAAACCCAGCCGGGCUUGCAGCAGAGCACAGGGGCCCAGCCCGUUCUUCCGCAUUUCCCACCCCCGUGUGGGAUUUGGGGGGCUCCUGGGCGGAGUGCGAAGCUCAUAGCCGAGGCCCCUGCUCACCCGCUUCCUGAGCCGGAUCCCCAGCGACUGUUCAGGGGGUGCUGCUCCGUGGCGAUGCCGGCGGCACGUCGGUUCCCUGGCCUGGAGCUCUCCUUCCCUCUCCUGGCCAGACUGCGGCGACGGCUGUACACAAGGCUGGGAGGCGGCAGCAUGCAGCCGGAGGAGGGCACAGGCUGGCUGCUGGAGCUGCUGUCCGAGGUGCAGCUGCAACAGUACUUCCUGCGGCUCCGAGAUGACCUCAAUGUUACCCGCCUGUCCCACUUUGAGUACGUCAAGAAUGAGGACCUGGAGAAGAUUGGCAUGGGCCGGCCUGGCCAGCGGCGGCUGUGGGAGGCUGUGAAGAGGAGGAAGGCCUUGUGCAAACGCAAGUCGUGGAUGAGUAAGGUGUUCAGUGGAAAGCGACUGGAGGCUGAGUUCCCCCCUCAUCACUCUCAGAGCACCUUCCGGAAGACCUCGCCUGCCCCUGGGGGCCCAGCAGGGGAGGGGCCCCUGCAGAGCCUCACCUGCCUCAUUGGGGAGAAGGACCUGCGCCUCCUGGAGAAGCUGGGCGAUGGCUCCUUUGGCGUGGUGCGCAGGGGCGAGUGGGACGCGCCCUCAGGGAAGACGGUGAGUGUGGCUGUGAAGUGCCUGAAGCCCGACGUCCUGAGCCAGCCAGAAGCCAUGGAUGACUUCAUCCGGGAGGUCAACGCCAUGCACUCGCUCGACCACCGAAACCUCAUCCGCCUGUACGGGGUGGUGCUCACGCCGCCCAUGAAGAUGGUGACAGAGCUGGCACCUCUGGGAUCGUUGUUGGACCGGCUACGUAAGCACCAGGGCCACUUCCUCCUGGGGACUCUGAGUCGCUACGCUGUGCAGGUGGCUGAGGGCAUGGGCUACCUGGAGUCCAAGCGCUUUAUUCACCGUGACCUGGCUGCCCGCAAUCUACUGUUGGCUACUCGCGACCUGGUCAAGAUCGGGGACUUUGGGCUGAUGCGAGCACUACCUCAGAAUGACGACCAUUACGUCAUGCAGGAACAUCGCAAGGUGCCCUUCGCCUGGUGUGCCCCGGAGAGCCUGAAGACACGCACCUUCUCCCAUGCCAGCGACACCUGGAUGUUCGGGGUGACGCUGUGGGAAAUGUUCACCUAUGGCCAGGAGCCCUGGAUCGGCCUCAAUGGCAGUCAGAUCCUGCAUAAGAUCGACAAGGAGGGGGAGCGGCUGCCCCGGCCUGAGGACUGUCCCCAGGACAUCUACAACGUCAUGGUCCAGUGCUGGGCUCACAAGCCGGAGGACAGACCUACAUUUGUGGCCCUGCGGGACUUCCUGCUGGAGGCCCAGCCCACGGACAUGCGAGCCCUUCAGGACUUUGAGGAGCCAGACAAACUGCACAUCCAGAUGAAUGACGUCAUCACCGUCAUCGAGGGAAGGGCCGAGAACUACUGGUGGCGUGGCCAGAACACGCGGACGCUGUGUGUGGGACCCUUCCCUCGCAACGUGGUGACCUCCGUGGCCGGCCUGUCAGCCCAGGACAUCAGCCAGCCCCUGCAGAACAGCUUCAUCCACACGGGGCAUGGCGACAGUGACCCUCGCCACUGCUGGGGCUUCCCAGACAGGAUCGACGAACUGUAUCUGGGAAACCCCAUGGACCCCCCCGACCUGCUGAGCGUGGAGCUGAGCACCUCCCGGCCCCCCCAGCAUCUAGGAGGGGUGAAAAGGGAGCCUCCACCUCGCCCACCUCAGCCUGCCUUCUUCACUCAGAAACCAGCCUAUGACCCUGUGAGCGAGGACCAGGACCCCCUGUCCAGCGACUUCAAGAGGCUGGGCCUGCGGAAGCCAGGCCUGCCCCGAGGGCUGUGGCUGGCGAAGCCCUCAGCGCGGUUGGACCCCAAGGCCAACUUCUCCACCAACAACAGCAACCCAGGGACCCGACCACCAGCCCCGAGGGCCACUGCUCGGCUGCCACAGAGGGGCUGCCCUGGGGACGGGCCAGAGGCGGGCCGGCCAGCAGACAAGAUCCAGAUGCUGCAGGCCAUGGUGCAUGGGGUGACCACAGAGGAGUGCCAGGCGGCCCUGCAGAGCCACGGCUGGAGCGUGCAGAGGGCUGCCCAGUAUCUGAAGGUGGAGCAGCUCUUCGGGCUGGGUCUGCGGCCCAGAGGGGAGUGCCACAAAGUGCUGGAGAUGUUCGACUGGAACCUGGAGCAGGCCGGCUGCCACCUUCUGGGCUCCUGGGGCCCUGCCCACCACAAGUGA